AUGAGCAGGUGCAAAGAGAUGGAGGAGAGCGGACGGCAAUGGGGGGAGGACAACAACAUAUGGCAGAGCUUUGAGAGUAAGCUGGGCCCUUCAACCCCAUUGUUUGUUGCCCGACUUGUUGCUUGGACUAAUAGUGGUUCUGGCCUGAGAGAAGAUGCAGAGUGUGGCCAGUCAAGCCCGUCUGGAGAUGCAACCCAGGAGGAAGUGUCGGGUCACAGUAAAGCAGAGGAAGGGAGGGAACGGACGUACCUGAAGGGCAAGCAGAUGGGCGUCCCAAAGCCUGUCCGACCAGUUGUCCGGAGGGAAGUCAAAGAGGAGGGCAUGUGUGUUGCCAAGGGCGUCAAAGACACGCAGAUAACCAAGGCCGGCAAGCAAGAGACAGUCUGUCUGCUAGCCGCAGAGUCACAAGGUAGCGCCAAUGGCCAGGGCAAGGAUGCGGAGCUGGAGGGAACGCGAGGUCAGGGUGAGGAGGGUGUAGAUGAGCCGGAGUAG